AGUCUUUCAAGAACGUCUGGUCGUUACACCACCCGCCAUUCCAUCAGCUAGCUCUUAUCAGAGAAGAUUUUCCACACCCCCUCUUAUAUCUUAAUCCAAUUCAUCUCAUCCCUCUCUCCCUCUCUCUCUCUCUCUCUAGAAAUCUCAUAGGACUUGGUUAGCUGUAGGAGAAAGCUAUGGACAGACGUAGACCCAGAAAACAAGCCAAGACCACUCCUAGUACAACCUCAGAAGAAGUGAGCAGUAUUGAAUGGGAAUUCAUACGCAUGACUGAUCAAGAGGAAGACAUCAUCAACAGAAUGUACAGACUAGUUGGAGAUAGGUGGGAUUUGAUUGCCGGACGUGUUCCAGGGCGCAAGCCAGAAGAAAUAGAGAGGUUUUGGAUUAUGAGACACAAUAAGACUUCUCUUGAAAGAAGAAGCUAGAGAUCGAUCGAGUACAGUAGCUAGUAGAACAGAAUUUCGAUCCUUUUUUGUUUUUGUUUUUGAGGAGUGCAUGGGAAUUGAAUCCUAUCAGAGAUAUUCCAACUGGCCCAGAUCGAGCUAGAGCAAAGAUAUGCAUGCACACGAUAUUUUUUGUAAUUCAAUGUUCCCUUCUUGUUUACUUAUUUUUCUUGUUGUAUGGAUAUUUCGAUUUAGGGGUUCUUUCCGGCCGGCCCUGCUCACGCGAGUGGAAUUAAUAUCGUGCAUACUUUGACAGGAGAGAUGAUCGAUAUCGGAAUGUAGCACUACUCAUGAAGAGAGCAUGAGUUGAAUUGCUGAGCGUAGCUAGCAUGCAUGGAGAUUAAUUUCAUCAGAUUUGUUUUUAUGAUCAAGUCAACGGUUUAUGAGUAACUUGUGGCCUCUGUAAUUUAACUUGUAGCCUUAGCAGUUGUCGAAGUUAGUUAGUUCGAUUCUGUUCUUGUUCUCGGAUUCGAUUCAGAGUGAAAGAAGCAUUUGGAUAUAUUCCUCAUUGAAAUUUAAAUGUAAGUUUGUAUUUUGCGUUUUUGUCCUU